AUGGGUCUCACAUUUUCGAAACUUUUCGAUAAGCUUUGGGGGAAGAAGGAGAUGCGCAUUCUUAUGGUAGGCCUUGACGCUGCCGGGAAAACGACCAUCCUGUACAAAUUGAAGCUUGGUGAGAUUGUGACGACAAUCCCAACAAUCGGUUUCAAUGUGGAAACAGUCGAGUACAAAAAUAUUCAGUUCACUGUAUGGGAUGUUGGUGGACAAGACAAGAUUCGACCUCUGUGGAGGCAUUAUUUCCAAAACACACAAGGCAUCAUCUUCGUGGUUGACAGCAAUGACCGUGACCGUGUCGUAGAAGCUCGCGAGGAGCUUCAGCGCAUGCUAAAUGAAGAUGAACUCAGGGAUGCAUUGCUCCUAGUCUUUGCCAACAAGCAGGAUUUACCCAAUGCCAUGAAUGCCGCUGAAAUCACCGAUAAGCUUGGUUUGCACAGCCUGAGACAGCGCGCUUGGGAUGCUGACCUAGAGAAGUAUAUUCAAUCAACUUGUGCAACGUCCGGCGAUGGUCUUUACGAAGGUUUGGAAUGGUUGAGCAAUUCGCUCAGGAAGGCAGGACACAACUAG